AUGACGGCUUCAACUUGGUUAUUGCGGAGCUCAGUAGCACAGGUCGCGAUACCGGUGCGCAACGUCAGCGUGGACAUUGGGGACAAUGUGACCGUGCCCUGUACCAACGGGACCCAAAACCUCGACGAGACCAACAGGGUGAUCACGUGGAUACGGGAGGGACGAGAGGACGGCCAGAUAAAGAGGCUCAGGGUCGAGUCCAACGGGGUGCUCAAGCUUAUAAACGUCAGUAGGUUCGACACCGGGUUUUACUACUGCACCGUGGACAACGAUGGGGUUGCCAGGGAUCGGAUAUACGUCAAAAUUCGAACACCACCUCCGGCUUUGCACAAUGUCUGGGUCAAGCCGUCGACUAUACUAGCGAACAUCAUUUGGGAGGUGGCGGGCACGGGUGGCUACCCCAUCAUAGAUUUCACCGCUGAGUACAGGUUGAAGCCGGUCCACGGGGAAGAGCCGGAAGCUUGGAAGCCCAUCAUCCCCACGCACAUUCCUCCGAACGCCAGAACAGUCGAUGUGUAUCAUUUGGAGCCAAACACGACGUAUAUUUUUCGAGUAUGGGCCACCAACCAGUUGGGCAGGGGAGAGAUCGUAGAAGUCGAGGGACACACGCAUUACAGCGUCGAGGAAUUAGAAUUGGAAAGGCACUUUCUGGCAGGAGUAGAAAAUUUUGAUACGCGAGUAUGGGUUGCUGCUGUGGGAGUUGUUAUGGGAACUCUGGUGUUUCUAGGGUUAGGUACAUGCUACCUGUUGUAUCGGGAGUGCAAGGCACCCUCGCAGCUGGAGGAGCAGGAGGUGAUUGAGCUCGUGCCGAACAUCAUACUUAAUCCGGGUUUCUUCGACGAGCGCACGGAACGCGUACCCCACGACGAAAUCUGCAACAAUCAAACGACCACGCGCCUCAACAACAACACCAUUGUGCAGCCAAGACGACUUUAGCGACUGACAUUGAUUUUACUCCUUAUUUUAACGGCUGAAACGUGGGAACACACCCCACACUACUAGUACUACACUCUAAUCGUCAUUUGUUCAUGAUGAUGAUGAUGAUAUUCCUCCUAUGCACACACAUUCAGGAGAGCGUUUCACGGCCGUGUAUUUGUGUGUACACGUAAAAAUAUAAGGUUUUAACGAGCUCGGGCAUACGUCAUGUGUGCAUAACUAUACACGUGAGAGGAUGUCACGCGAAAAGAAUGGAUGAAGAAUGGAGAGGAGGAAGAAACAGAGAUAAGGCGAACUUUUUAAAAGUAAGUAAACUCACAGACUGUUCACUAGCAAUCCAUCUUGUUUGCGGGUGAAACAAAAAAAAAACCUUAGGAUUUAAAAUGCGAAGUUAUUAUAGUACAGAAAUCGAAGCGAAUACCUAAUCUGGGCUUUUGGUGGUGAAGAAACGAAGCGAGUCCGGCGAGAGACUAAAAGGCAAUCGAUGAAGAGACGUAAACUCUAUUGUUUGAAUUUUUUUUAUAUAUAGAACAAAAAAAAAUUUGUGGAAGCGAAAGGUUCCAUUGUUUGUUCACACGCGUAUACAUAAUUGUGUAGUCCGUAGUCAAGUGUUCAAAAGGAUAAUAACGCAAACUACAAGACUAAGAUUUAUAGGUUUUCCAGAGCGAACAGUUAGACUUUUUUAAAGGAAACUUAAUUAAAAA